AUGUCCGCACCGAAUCCUACCCGCUUCGAGACAAUUCUCUCCUCCCUCCUACACGGUCAAGUUAUCAGCUAUUCCUCUGGCCUUUCAGCCCUGCACGGCGCCCUGACCCUCCUUAACCCUCGCCGCAUCUCCGUCGGCGAUGGCUACCACGGCUGUCACGGCGUCAUCGCCCUCUUCACCCGUUUAACAGGCCUGCAAAAGCUUCCCCUCGACUGCUCACCCGACCAGCUCGAACAAGGAGACGUCAUCCUUCUCGAAACACCCGUCAACCCCCAAGGCACUGCCUUUGACAUUGCCUCCUACGCCGCCAAAGCCCACGCCCGCGGCGCAUACCUUAUCGUCGACAGCACCUUCGCCCCACCAGGCCUUCAGGAGCCAUUCCAGUUCGGCGCAGACAUCAUCAUGCACUCAGGUACCAAGUACUUCGGUGGCCACAGCGAUAUGCUGUGCGGUGUCCUCGCCACGAACCGCGACGACUGGGCCGCUCAGCUAAAAUCCGACCGUCUGUUCAUUGGAACCGUCAUGGGUAGCAUGGAGGGUUGGCUCGGCGUCCGCAGUCUGCGCACAUUGGAGAUCCGUGUGCAGCGCCAGAGCGAGAAUGCGGCCCAUCUCAUUUCUUGGCUUGACGCUGCCCUGCAUGCGCCGCACCCCACGCCUAAUAGCGAUGAGGCGGCUGUGCAGGCUGUUCUCGGUGAGGUCUUACAUGCUAGUCUGCAGAAGGUUGAGGGUGACUGGUUGCAAAAGCAGAUGCCUCAUGGAUUUGGGCCUGUUUUCUCCAUCGUCAUGAAGGAGAUGCGCUUCGCUCGUGAGUUGCCGAGUAAAUUGCAUUUCUUCCAACAUGCUACUAGUCUGGGCGGUGUUGAGACGCUGAUUGAGUGGAGGACUAUGACUGAUGCGACGGUUGAUCGGAAGUUAUUGCGGAUUAGUAUUGGGUUGGAGAACUGGGAGGAUUUGAAGGCCGACAUGGCGAGGGCAUUCCAUGAGCUUGCGAAGUAG